AUGCAUCUAUACUUCUUCCCUCGGAAUCCCCUGCAUAAACUUGGGUUCUUGGGUCGAUUGUUUUUUAGAGGAGGGCGCUUACUCAAGCCUGCUGACGCGGGGAAGGGGGCGUGCAUGGCUAGAUCUCAAAUCCCUACUACCACCCCUUCUUUCUAUGACAACGAGAUCGGUAUCAGGGCGAACUUUGCAGGGGAGGUCUUUCGCGAUCCCGAUUAUUACAAGGACGAUUCGGAGGGAGGGUUUUGUGUUUUUCGUGUGCAAAAUACUUUGUUCAAGGUCCAUCGAUGUUUUUUGUUGAGGGAACCUUCUGCGUUUGUGGAUAUGUUCAGCAUGCCACAGCUUGAUGAGGCUGUUGAAGGCAGAUCGGACAAUAGUUCUAUUGUUUUGACGGAUACUGUUGAACAGUUUCGGGAUUUUCUUUGGGUGCUUUAUGCGCUCCCGAGUGAACUGAUCAACGUUGAGGCCCCUACAGCGCCAUCGCUCGAGCGCCUGAUCAAUAUCGCCACAGUGGCGAACAAAUAUUGUUUCGCUUCGUAUGAAUCGUGGGCUCUUGACCGCAUCUUCACACUGGCCCAAGAUCCAGUGGGGUUCUUGCGCAAUGACUCUCCGGAAAUAUGUUCCAUGGUCCUCAACCUGGCGGUGAUUUGCGAUCAUCAGGGCCUAGUCGACCUCGUUACACAGCGGUUGAUUGCUCGUAUAUUGUGGUCGAGCAUCGACCACGACUCUAUAUUGGAUGUCGCGAGGACGCAUGGCCUGAGGAAACUGGAGGGCGUGGUGUACUACAAACAACUCAUCAACAUAGAGCAGGCCUCUAGCGACGGCAGAAUGACAUCGCAGCCUGUCUUUUCCACAUCCAUGAACGUCGAAAAGCGCAUGGGUUUCCUCGCUGCGCACCAUUCCCUUGUUAAUCUUUGGGAACAUCUUCGGACGACGCCGCCGCUAUUCCACGCAGGUGGCUGUCCAUCUCACUCUUCGUGUAUUACGGCUUGGGGGCAGGCGUGGAUAAAAGCGGGGGGCGCAAGCCAGACGAUGCGAUGUGGCUCUGCGGAUGUUCUGGGGCGGUUGAAGUCUAUGAUGGUGAUUCUGCGAAAAAAUCUUACGGAGACGCAAGCUAUGAGCAUUCCGUGUACGCUGGCCGCACUGGAAGCGAUCACGAUGACUAGGGACGACAUUGUCUCGGACUUGAUGGAUCACUUUUGUGAAUAUUGA